AUGUCUUAUCACGACCAAGACCGGUCCAAGAAGCGCAAGGUGUCGAGGGACGGCGAUUAUGUAGACACAUCGAGGCCGAGCGCCUUCUUCCAGCCGGUGCAGGGCCGCGAUUGGACUCUCUCCGUCGCCAUUCCCGGCAGCGUCGUCUCCACCUGCCGUCGCGACGACCAGCGCAUCGCCGUCAUCAACCAGAUCGCCCGUGCCCUGGCCGUCUUCAGCAUCGACGAGGUCGUCAUCUUCGACGACUCACCCAUGGACCAGCGCAUGUCGAAUGUGGACCCUAAGAGCUACAUGGGCGACACCGACCCCUGUGGAUACGUCGAGCACCUGCUCAACUACGUUGAGGUGCCCCCCUUCAUGCGCAAGACCCUCAUCCCCUUCCACAAGAACCUCCACGGGGCGGGCCUUCUCGAGAGCCUGGAUCUGCCCCAUCACCCCCAUCCCUCAGAAUGGCUACCGUACCGCGAGGGGCUGUCGACCUCGGAGGGAGCCCGCGGCGGCAAAGGGACCGUCGUCGAUGUGGGCGCCAAGGAGAAAGUUACUAUUGAGGACGACAUCCCGCCCAAUCAUCGCGUGACCUUGCAUAUUGACGAGAAUGACCCAUCGCGGGGCGAGGCCGUUCACCCCGCCGAACCGAGGACCAAGGGAGGGUACUACUGGGGCUACACGAUACGGCGCUGCAAGUCUCUGGCGUCUAUCUUUGAGGAGUGCACCUACGAGGGCGGCUACGACGUCAGCAUAGGAACUUCGGAGCGUGGAGUCCUGAUCCCGAACGCCUUCCCCGAGAAGAAGAAGCCGGAACCGCUCAAGUUCAAUCACCUCCUAAUCGUCUUCGGCGGGCCGAGGGGCCUUGAGUAUGCUGCCGAAAACGACCCUGCAUUACAAGAGAUGGGCAUCAUCAGGGGCAAGACCAAGGAGCUGUUCGACCACUGGAUCAACAUCUUGCCGGGGCAGGGGAGCCGCACCAUUCGCACAGGCGAGGCAUUGUUCAUUGGACUGACGGGACUGCGCCGCCUCUGGGAGGCCCGGUGA